AUGACGAAAAAGGUGGCGGGCGUGUCCAGGAGGAGAGGGUCCAUUGACGUAGUGGACGCAAAGGUCGCACUAGAUCUCGCGACGAGGCAGAACUACUCCGAGAAUGUGUUCCUCUUCGUGCCCAACCUCAUAGGCGAGUGCAUCCCUCGCUACUCGCGGGUUAUCUUAGCUGCAGUUGCGCUCUACUACUUGAGCUACCACCCCAAGUACGGUACCAUCGCGUACUGCGUAUCGUGCCUGCUCGAUGCUGCAGAUGGCCAUGCAGCGCGCGCAUUCAACCAGACCUCCAAGUUCGGGGCGGUGUUGGAUAUGGUCACUGAUCGAUGCACAACGUCGUCGCUGCUGUGCUAUCUGUCUUCGGUGUACCCGGAAUACGCAAUGGCCUUCCAGUUCCUUAUCACGCUCGACUUCAGUAGUCACUACAUGCACAUGUACAGCUCCCUUUUGACAGGCUCACGGAGCCACAAACAAAUUACUAGCGAUGUCAGCAAGUUCCUCAAGUUCUAUUACGACCCGAGGACGCUGUUCGUGAUGUGCGCCGGGAACGAGCUCUUCUUCGUCGGCCUGUAUCUCCUCAAAUGGGUUGACACCCCACUAUCGGUAUCGCUUGGCAUGCCCCUGCCGUUCUGGGGUGCGUACACCUGGGCGGAGGCUAUGACGCUGGUCUGCUUCCCCAUCUGCGCGACCAAGAACGUCGUAAACGUCGUACAACUCUGGAAGGCGUCCAAGAUCCUUGUGGGCGUUGACUUGGCGGAACGGGCGAAGGCGAGAGAGGAGGAUGUCCAGAAGCCGAAGAAGACAUAA